AAAGAGAAAGAAAAGAGAAAACCAUGCAAGAGGAAGAGGGAAACAAAAAACCAUCGGCGCCCAACUCUUUUGCUCCUCGGAAAGAAGUUUCAUCUCCUUCAAGCUCUCACUUUUUCCAGCUGUUUCUCUUUCCCUAUAAAUGGCCCAAGCAUGGUUUGAUGGGUUUUUUGUGGACAAAUGGCCAGGUUUAAUCAUAAUAAGCACCAUUCUUCAACUACAAAGCUUGUGUUUCUGAUUUCGUGCGCGGGUCUUUUAGGAGCGGCUCUCAUUGCAGAUUUUCUUUGGGCUUCUUCCUCUUCUGCUGCUCCUGCUUAUCUGUCUAUUGCAUCCAGCUGGGCGCUCGAGAAAUCUGGGAUUCUAGCUGUACAGAAUGUCACCCCCAACAUAGCUCAUCACAAGAGAGAAGAUGUCAAAGAUAGAAAAGAACGCAUUCCUGAGAGAUUCUUGCCUGCAACUUUUGCUGAUUUACCUGCACCCGAGUUACAAUGGGAGGAGAUGCCACCAGCACCUGUACCUCGACUUGAUGGAGCAGCAAUACAGAUUAAAAAUCUUUUAUAUGUGUUUGCAGGAUAUGGCACACUUGACUAUGUGCACUCUCAUGUGGACAUUUACAAUUUUACUAGUAAUACAUGGGGAGGGAGGUUUGAUAUGCCAAAAGAGAUGGGGCAUUCACAUCUAGGAGUGGCAACUGAUGGAAGAUACAUAUAUGUGGUCUCAGGGCAGUAUGGCCCACAAUGCAGGGGGCCUACUGCUCGCACAUUUGUGCUGGACACUGAGACAAAGAAAUGGAGGAGCAUGCUGCCAUUACCGGCCCCAAGGUAUGCUCCAGCAACUCAGUUAUGGAGAGGGAGGCUCCAUGUGAUGGGUGGCAGCAAGGAGAAUCGCCAUACGCCUGGGUUGGAGCACUGGAGUAUAGCAGUGAAGGAUGGAACAGCAUUGGAGAAACAAUGGAGGACUGAAACACCCAUUCCCCGUGGUGGACCGCAUAGGGCUUGUGUCGUGGUCAAUGAUCAGCUCUUCGUUAUUGGUGGUCAAGAAGGUGAUUUUAUGGCAAAACCUGGGUCACCUAUUUUCAAGUGCUCACGCAGGCUCGAGGUAGUUUAUGCUGAUGUUUAUAUGCUGGAUGAUGAAAUGAAAUGGAAAGUGUUGCCACCUUUGCCAAAACCUAACUCCCAUAUAGAGUGUGCUUGGGUAAUCGUCAACAAUUCAAUUAUCAUCACUGGAGGCACGACAGAAAAGCAUCCAGUGAACAAAAGGAUGAUCCUGGUCGGGGAGGUUUUUCAAUUUCAUUUAGACUCACUGACAUGGUCAGUGAUUGGGAAGCUUCCUUUUCGUGUAAAAACCACAUUAGCUGGUUUCUGGGACGGAUGGUUGUAUUUUACAUCUGGGCAGCGGGACAGAGGACCAGAUAAUCCACAGCCAAGGAAGGUCAUCGGAGAUAUGUGGAGAACUAAAUUAAGAUUGUGAUUGACCUUUUUGUCUCAUCGUAUAAUUUUUUUUUCCCUACUUUAUUGUAGAUUUUGAAUUUUUUGGGUUACAAUUAUUAGUUUGGGACAAUUUGAAGUUUGAACCCCUUUAAUUGUUUUUGCCUUAAAAUUUUGCUGAAUAGCUC